AUGAAACUCUGGCCAUAUCAAGCACUGGCAGUCACCGGACCACAUGUAUAUAUCAAUUCAAAUUAUAUUUGUAUUGAAGCAUUGGAGGAUAAAUAUCCCGUCAAACAAUCAUCGGAUUGGUCAAAAUUUAUUCACUUCUACCACUCUGUCAAUACCAAAAUCUUUUCAUCUAAGAAACCAAGUGAAGAAGGAAAAUUAAAUAUUUUAACAAGGAAUUCAGUCGGUUUAGAUAUAUGCAGCCAAAAGGAAGAGGAACCAGAGGCAACCACAAUAACAGCAACGCAUUCUGGAAGGGCUGGCGUAGAAGAAGAGAACGAGGCUGAUUAUAUUCUCGAGAAUUCGUUAUUCGGUAUGCAAAUAAAUAGUUAUGAUCGACGAACAGUUGAUCAUUUAUUGGACGAAACUAACUGGAUCAAUGAUCGUCAAAAGAUUGGUGUAUUUCAUGCCGAAUUGAAGCGUCGAAUAACUGCUGAUCAAGAAAUGAAGAAAAAAUCAGAUUUGGUCAAGUCAUCUCCUGCAAAAAUAACAGCAUGUGGUUCCUGUGAGAUCGAUGACGACAUUGAAAUGGCUGAAGACGAUGAAAUAAAUGAGCUUGUUGAAAUGAGACGAUGCGGCGGCACUCAUGAUUUAGCUCAGUCAUCUUAUUGGUCAGAUGGUGACAGCAAUAGCGACGACAAAUAA